CACGUGGCAAAACAUCGUACUACACAUUAUUACGAAUUUGCAAGUUUUCUGGAGCUUGUAUCAGAUAAGUAAUUUUAAUUUUCGCUAGUAAGAUGGCGAAGAAAAAUUUUUGGGUCAACAGCUUUAUAUGGCUUGUGUUUGUCGUGGGUCUCUCCAAGCAAGCCAAGAAGAAAAUUGACAAAAGCUCCAUCAUAGAAAUAAAUGAUAUUAAGCCAUUCAAGAAAUUACAAAGGACCCAUACCAAUUUGCUUGUUUUAUUUGCUCAAAGCGAACGUGAUGCGUCAAGUAGAUUUGAAGUCUUGGCACGAGUUGCAGAAGAAAUUAAAGGCAGGGGGACUGUUGCAUACAUAAAUUGUGGAGAAAGCAAAGAUACAAAAAAAAUGUGCAAGAAGCUCAGAGUUUCUCCUCAACCUGUGGUGUUAAAACAUUACAAAGAUGGGGAUUUUAACAAAGAUUAUGAUAGGAGGAACACAGUUAAGUCAAUGUUAAAUUUUAUGAAUGAUCCUACGGGAGAAAUGCCUUGGGAAGAAGAAGAAGGCACAGAGGAUGUACGACAUGUUCACACAAGUAGUGAAUUUGUCAAACUGACAACAAAAGAGAAGAAACCAAUCAUGGUCAUGUUCUAUGCUCCAUGGUGUGGUUAUUGUAAAAAGUUAAAACCUGACUAUGCUGUAGCAGCCACUGAACUUAAAGGAGAAGCUAUAAUGGCUGGAAUGGAUGUAGAUACCUAUGAAGCAUAUCAAAUCAGAGAAAAAUUCAAUAUCACAGGAUUUCCAACUUUAAUAUAUUUUGAAAAUGGUGAGGAAAAAUAUCGUUAUCAAGGAAAACAUGAUAAAGAUUCUCUUGUAGAGUGGAUGAGAAACCCUGCUCCUUCAACUCCACCUGCUAAGGAAGAGGAGUGGAGUGACAUACCUAGUGAUGUUGUCCAUCUCAAAGAUGACACAUUUGAUGAUUUUAUUGCAAACAAUCCAUCUGUUCUUGUCAUGUUUUAUGCUCCUUGGUGUGGUCACUGCAAAGCUAUGAAGCCUGAAUACACAGAUGCAGCCAAAACAAUGAAGGAGGAGGAGGUUCCUGGUGUGAUAGCAGCAGUAGAUGCAACAAAGGAAACAGCAGUUGGCAAAAGAUUCAAAAUUGAGGGCUAUCCAACAGUGAAAUAUUUCAAAGAUGGUGAAUUUGCUUUUGAUGUGAACGAGAGAACGGCUGACAAGAUUGUGGCAUUUAUGAAAGAUCCAAAAGAACCACCCCCACCCCCUCCCCCAGAGAAAGAUUGGAGUGAAGUGGAGAGUGAGGUGGAACACCUGACAGAUGACACUUUCAAAGGAUUCCUGAAGAAAAAGAAACAUGUCUUGGUCAUGUUUUAUGCACCAUGGUGUGGUCACUGCAAGAAAGCUAAACCAGAAUUUAUGGAAGCUGCUAAACAUGAUGCGGAAAACUCUAAGGUUGCAUACGCUGCAGUUGAUUGUACAGUGCACAGAUCUGUGUGUAACCAGUUUGACGUGCAGGGAUACCCUACCUUCCGCUACUUCAACUACGGCAAGAAGGACUUCAAGUACAUCGGAGGACGGGUGGCUAAGGACUUUAUUCAGUUCAUGGAGAAUCCUCGUGAAGGUCCCCCACCCCCACCCUCUGAACCAGAGUGGAAGGAUAUGCCGAGUCAUGUCACCCACUUAACUGACGAUACUUUUGAGGAAUUUGUGACGACACACCAUUCGGUUCUUGUCAUGUUCUAUGCACCAUGGUGUGGUCACUGCAAAGCAAUGAAGCCUGCUUACAUGGAAGCCGCUGAAGAGUUGCGCAGUAAAAAUGCUCGCAGUGUUUUGGCCGCUGUAGAUUGUACCAAAGAGAAAUCGUUGGCACAAAAGUAUGACGUUGAUGGAUUUCCUACAAUCAAGUACUUCAGGAAGGGUGAGUUUGCUUCUGAAUACAGGAAGGCAAGGACAAAGGAAGACUUGGUGGACUUCAUGUUGAUGUCCGAGGCCUCAGCACCUGCAGACGCCAAAACAGCCAAACCUGAAAAACCAGUUGAACCAGCUUGGAGUGAUGAGGAUACAGACGUGGUCCAUUUAACAGCCAGCACAUUUCAGGAGUUUAUUAAGUCACACAGUUCAGCCCUUGUCAUGUUUUAUGCUCCCUGGUGUCCACAUUGCAAAAGGAUAAAACCCGAGUUUUCUGAGGUGGCCAAAGAAGUCAACACCGAGAACAAGGUCCCUGGUGCCCUGGGUGCAGUGGAUUGUACUGUGGAUGGUGAUCUUUGUACUGAACAGGAAGUCAAGCGUUAUCCCACACUAAAGUACUACAAAGAUGGAGAAUUUGCUUACAAGUACACAAAGAAAAGGAAAGCAGAGGACAUGCUAGCCUUCAUGAAAGAUCCCCAGAAACCUGCACCUCCUCCUCCACCACCUGAUUGGAGUAAGGAGUCUGGUAAAGUGCAUUUCUUGACUAACGAGACUUGGGAUUCAUUCAUGGCCGAACAUCCUUCUGUGCUGGUCAUGUUUUUUGCUCCUUGGUGUGGUUACUGUAAAGCUAUGAAGCCAAACUUCUUUAAAGCCGCUGAGAUCCUUAGUGAACAACAUCCGUCUGAAGCGUUAGCAGCUGUUGACUGCACGAAAUUCAAAUCUAUUUGCAAGCGGACCGGUCUCAAGGGAUAUCCCACAGUGAAAUACUACAAAAAUGGCGAAAUGGAAAAAGAUUAUGAUGGUGAUAGGUCGGCUGAAGAUAUAAUUAACUUUAUGAAGAGCAUGAGUGGUGUGGACAUUUUACCUGAAGAAACGAAAGGAACUGAGACAGAAAAAGAAGAAUCAGAUGGAUUGAAGAUCUUAACUUCUGCAAACUUUGAAUCCUUCUUGUCCGAGACAGAACACGUGUUGGUUAUGUUCUUUGCCCCAUGGUGUGGCCAUUGUCAGAAUGCGAAACCCAAAUUCCUGAAAGCUUCUGAAGCGUUUGCCGAGGAAGCUAAUAAAGCUUUCACUGCAGUUGACUGCACUCAGGAUAGCGAUUUGUGUGAUAAACAAGGCGUGAACGGGUAUCCGACCAUCAAGUAUUACAGAUAUGGUGCUUUUGUUGUUGAAUACGACGGCGACAGAACUGAAGAAGACUUUUUGUCCUUCAUGAAGUCACCCCCCAACCCCCUCCCCCCUGAUCAACCAGACAGCAACCAAGAUGAAAAGCGAGACGAACUUUAACUUCGAGUUUUGUAUUUCAAAUUUAGCUUUAAAUUAUCCUUUUAAAUUCGGCCAUAGCGAAAUAAUUCCGAUGUUUUUACGAAUAAUUCUGUAGAGUUUAGUAGAUGCACCCGACGUUAAAAACGUCUCAUCAGGAAAAUUUACGACCACGUCUGCAGCAUACACCAACCGCGAAUUCACCUCUGUUUUCGUUCACUUUUCUACCAAUACUAAAAACGAUCAACAGGAAAGUGAUAAUAAAUAAAUUAUUUCUGUCUUUUGGCCUCGAACGCAAGUAUUUCCUCUUUAGUUUGGUUGAAAAACAGACGUUUAAUGCUCACUUUUUCCAUUCUUUGUACGCUUAGACGUGGUUGUAAGUUUUUAUCAUCAGACUAAUUGCUCUCCAUCACUCUCGCUUCGUAGGUUUACUGUAAUUUUUUUUUUUUUUUCAUCAAAAAUUUUCAAAUCAGGAAGUGCACUUUUCAAGUCAAAAUGGCCGUCAAUUCAUCUCACGACAGUCGAUUAAAGUUUUUUUUUAAGAAAAGGGAAUUAUUCAUUCAGCUUGCUUAUUUCCGAAAAACAUUUUUGAUUUAUUUAUAAAUGAAAUUGCUCUUCUACAGCCUGUUAUGUUAUGAUGUAAAUUUGACAUUCUGUCAAACUAAUGUGCUUAAGCAGUCAAAUUUCCGAGAAGACUCUCGACGAAGCGGUAGCUUAAAUCAACUAUAGAUCAUUGCAAAGAGAUAGGUAAUCAUUAUUGAAAUAACCCAGAAAAAGACCUACUAACGAGUCACGGAUUGUUAGGCAACACUCCAUAAGCUCUAUGUGACAUUACAAACAAAUGCGUGAGGUCAAACAAAGGAGUGUGUGCAAAAAUAUUUUUUUGUCAGAUAUUUUUCUCCGCGAAAAUGCCGGUAUCGUUUUAACUACAGAUUAAAGGUCCAAAUAAAGACAAUUACGUACUAAAA